AUGGCAGCCUUCGGCUCGCAGGCUCCUCUGAAUGUCAAGAAACGUCCGACACACGCAAGAUACUCUCGAAAAGAUCGUGAUAUCGAAAAGAAUAGAUACGAAACCGAGUCCAGUUCCGACGAUGAUGAUUCCGAAGACUACAGCUCAGAAGAGGAUGGCUCUCCCGUCUCCUCUCGAGGGACAUCGGGCUCAUAUUCCUCCAAUAGACCGCUGGUACGGAGAAAAUCGUCUGCGGGUUCGCAGCGGCCUUCGCAGACAUCAUACAAGCUGCCAGACAGAGUGAUUCGGUAUCUUUGUUUGGGUUUGAUUUCUACCAUCAUAAUAUUCAUAAUUACUUUGAUUCGAAUGAGUGUGGUUUCCUCGCGGAGAGUGGCAGCUGGAGAUGUGGGAAAAAGACCGCCGCCUCAACCGGAACCUUGGGAACAUUUCAACUUCUUGAGCAGAUAUUAUGGCGGGAUAAAAACCUUGGUGCCUUUGGCGGAGAACGACCCAGAAUACCCUCUACCGAUCGACGAACCGCUUCCUGCAGACAAGACCGGCGAAGCGACGAUUGUGGCAGUCCGAGAGACGCCCAAAAGCAAGCCAUUCGAUGCAUACAAGAACCAGAGCUCAGAUGCUUAUGUGAAUGAGUAUGGGCCGGUGAAGGAAUGUUUCUUGGAUGCCGAAUCAACAAUUAGGAUACCUCAAUUGCAAUACUACCAAGGCAGACCGAGCGGAUUUCCCGACAAUGUGAUGGGCUCUUAUGAAUUAAUUGGAUUGCCAGAAGAUAUUUGCUUCGAACGCUAUGGAAGACUGGGACCAUAUGGACACGGCUAUUCUCUGAAGUAUGGUGGAAUGGGUACUGGACAACAUGGGGACGCAGAAGGAUCGAGCGCUGUUUGGGAAGACAAGUCCGGGUCUCUUGCUAAUCAAGUUGACUUUAGCAAGGUAAACUGGGGAGAGGCACAGAAAAGGUGUCAUCAAGCAAAUGCUGGUCGAUUCGAGAAGAAGGUCGCCGUCAAGGAGCUUCCUACAACGUAUUCUAUUCUCGAUGAAGAAACAUCCGCAGGAGAAAAACGAGCGGAGUCGAUACCUUCGAAUUCCACUAGAUUUACAAAUAAGCUUCCCCGAACAGCAGUAGUGAUCAGAUCUUACGAUGACUUCCAAUACCGUGAGGAGGAUAUCCUACAGCUUCGGGCAAUGAUUUCGGAACUUUCGCUCGGAUCAGGAGGAGAGUAUGAUGUUCAUCUUCUUGUCCAAGUCAAGGAUGAAGCUAAGCAUCCAAUCUGGGCAGACGAGCAAACAUAUCAGGAGCAUCUCAAUGCAUCAGUGCCAGAAGAAUUCCGCAGCAUGACGACACUAUGGAGUACAACUCAAAUGCUCAUGCUCUAUCAAGGCAUCUUUGACACCUUUGCUCGCGGUCCAGAUCUUCCAGCACAUGGCUCAUACAGAGGUCUUCAGAUGGCAAUGCAGCACUUUGCUCAAAAACACCAGGAGUAUGAUUUCUUCUGGCACUGGGAGAUUGAUAUUCGCUACACUGGACACUAUUACAACCUAUUCUCCCAGAUUGACAGUUGGGCAAGAAAGCAACCUCGCAAAGGUAUUUGGGAGAGAAGCAGUAGAUUCUACGUCCCAUCUGUUCAUGGAUCGUGGGAGGAUUUCAAGCAAAUGGUAAGAGUGCAAACCGAAAUAGGUGCCAAAAGACCCGAAGAUAUAUGGUCUGGUCUCCCAGGAGCAAAGAAGCCACUACCAGCACCCAAAGGAGAAAAGCCAAUCUGGGGACCCGAAAGACCGAAAGACCCAGCAGACUGGUUCGAGACAGAAUCAGACCCCACACCUAUCGGCACAUACGAAAAAGACAAAUACACCUGGGGCGUAGGCGAAGACGCCGACCUCAUAACUUUCAACCCCCUCUUCGACCCUGAAGAAACCACAUGGCUCCUAGCAGACGACUAUACAGGCUACAACAUCACCGAAGGCCCUGUUCCCCGACGUGCCGCAAUCGUCACCUCCUCACGAAUGUCCAGACGUCUUCUCAAUACUAUGCACCGCGAAACAGCUUUCAAAAAACACCAUGCCUUCUCCGAGAUGUGGGCCCCCACCGCAGCUCUCCACCACGGCUACAAACCUGUCUACGUCCCGCACCCCAUGUUCGUUGACCGCGAGUGGCCCACCGCCUACCUCGCCAGCGUCAUGAAUUCCGGCCGUAAUGGUGCAACCGGUGGUUCGCGGAACAGCGUUUUCGGUGAACGAGAGCAUAAUCUCAAGGGCAUGACUUGGUACUAUAACGCCGGGUUUGCGCCAAAUCUUUGGAAGAGAUGGCUUGGCCUCAAGGUUGAUAAUGAGGGCGGCGAGGAGUUUGAGACGGUUGUUGAUGAGGGACGGGAUGGAAAGGGUGUUUUGGGGAUGAAGGGAGGCGAGGGAAGGAUGUGCUUGCCGCCUAUGUUGAUUCAUCCUGUUAAGGGGGUUGAAUUGCCUGUCGAGGGAGCUUUUGGGGUUAAGAGCGAGGAGGUUGUGGAGAGUGAUCCUGCGGCUUGA